AUGGGAGCGGCUCGAGUGAAACGCCGCUUCAGCGCUGUGGUAGAUGGGCCGGUGGAGGAGGAGGAGGUCAUGAGGCUGGCUCAGAGCGCGGCGGACACGGCUCGGGCUGGCGGGAGUCCGACGGGCUCCGGCAGCCCGACCAGCCCUUCGCCGACCCUCAACGGCAGAGUUCUUCCCCUGCAGAUCGCCGGUGCUCGGAGGCAGAGCGCCAUCGGGGAGGCAGCCGGGGGAGACGGAGGAGAAGGCGGGGUGAGAUCGGGGCGAGGCGAAGGGGGGAGAGGGUGUGGUCAUUCGUCGUCGGACCAGGAUUCGCUGUCUUCCCCCCCCAUCGCCAGCCGCCGGCGCGGCAGGCGCUCCAGCCGCCGGCCCCGACAACGCUUUGUGGGCAAGGACGGACGCUGCAACGUCACCUUCGUCAACAUGAGCGAGAGGGGCCAGCGCUACCUGAGCGACCUCUUCACUACUUGCGUGGACAUCCGCUGGCGCUGGAUGCUGGUCAUCUUCACCCUGUCCUUCCUGCUCUCCUGGCUGCUCUUUGGAUUCGCCUUCUGGCUCAUCGCCUCUGCGCACGGGGACCUCUCCGUCCGGCUCACCCCCAGCCCGAGCUCCUCUCCGGGGGGAUCGGGAGAAGCCGGCUCUGGAGGCGAGUCCGACAGAGAGGCGGCGCCGGAGGAGCCAUGCUUCCUCCAGGUGAACAGCUUCAUGGCGGCCUUCCUGUUCUCCCUGGAGACGCAGACGUCCAUCGGUUACGGCUUCCGGAGCGUGACCGAGGAGUGCCCCCUGGCGGUGGUGGCGGUCGUCUUGCAGUGCAUCGUGGGCUGCAUCAUCGACGCCUUCAUCAUCGGGGCGGUCAUGGCAAAGAUCGCCAAGCCCAAGAAGCGCAACGAGACGCUGGUGUUCUCGGACACGGCAGUGGUGGCGCUGAGGGACGGAAAGCUCUGCAUGAUGUGGAGGGUCGGAAACCUGCGGAAGAGCCACCUGGUGGAGGCUCACGUCAGGGCGCAACUCCUGAAGUCCAGGGUGACGCCGGAGGGAGAGUUCCUCCCGCUGGACAACGCCGACAUCAACGUGGGUUUCGACACCGGGACCGACCGGAUCUUCCUGGUGUCGCCGGUGACCAUCGUCCACGAGAUCAACGACGAGUCGCCCUUCUUCGAGAUGGACCGCAAGUCGCUGGAGAGUGACUCGGAGCUGGAGGUGGUGGUGAUCCUGGAGGGCAUGGUGGAGGCCACGGCCAUGACCACGCAGUGCCGCAGCUCCUACCUGGCCUCGGAGAUCCUCUGGGGACACCGAUUCGAACCGGUGCUGUUCGAGAGGAAAGACUGCUACCAGGUGGACUACUCCUUCUUCCAUCGGACCUAUGAAAUCCCAAACACUCCGUCCUGCAGCGCUAAAGAACUCGCCGAGGAGAAAUACAUCGACAGCUCCAGAUCGUCCUUCUGCUACGAGAACGAAGUGGCUCUGCAGCUCGUCUCUCCUGACGACGAGGCGGAUCCGGAAGCAGAGCGACCCUCCCCUCCGACCCGGAGCUCCUCGCUGGCAGAACACCUGCACUACAACUGAGCCUGACAGACGAAGAUCAGGGACACAGAGACGA